AUGGAGAACGGCCAUGGAGAGUACGCGCAGGACGGCUCCGUGGAUCUCCGCGGCAACCCCGUCCUCCGCUCCAAGCGCGGCGGUUGGACUGCCUGCACCUUCAUCGUCGUGUACGAGCUGUUCGAGAGGUUGGCCUACUAUGGGAUCGCGUCGAACCUGGUGAUGUACAUGACCAGGAAUCUGCACCAGGGCACUGUCGAGGCCUCCAACAACGUCACCAACUGGUCCGGCACCGUCUUCCUCACGCCGCUCAUCGGCGCCGUCGUCGCCGAUGCCUACCUCGGCCGCUACUGGACCUUCGUCGCCGGCUCAGCCAUCUACCUCAUGGGCAUGAUAUUGCUGACGUUGUCAGUCACCGUGCCGGCACUGAAACCGCCGCCCUGCGACGGCACCACCUGCCCGCGCGCCUCCGCCUUGCAGCUGGGCGUCUACUUCGGCGGGCUGUACACCAUCGCGCUUGGCCAUGGCGGCACGAAGCCCAACAUCUCCACCAUCGGCGCCGACCAGUUCGACGACUUCGACGCGGUGGAGAAGCUGCAGAAGCUCUCCUUCUUCAACUGGUGGAUGUUCACCAUCUUCGUCGGCAUCCUCUUCUCCUCCACCGUCCUCGUCUACCUCCAGGACAACGUGAGCUGGUCAGUCGGCUACGGCGUGCCCACGCUUGGUCUUCUGGCUUCCGUCGUCGUCUUCCUCGCCGGCACGCCGCUGUACCGCCACAAGAAGCCGCAUGGUAGCCCGCUGACGAGCAUCGGGAAGGUGGUCGCGGCGGCCGUGUGGAAGCACAGCGUGAAGCUACCCGUGGACGGCAAGCAGCUGCACGAGCUGGAGCUGGAGCACUACACGAGCAGGAAGAGGUUCCGCAUAGACGCCACGGAUUCCAUGAGGUUCCUGAACAAGGCGGCCGCCAAUGUUAACGACGACCGCGUGUCGCGGCGGCUUCCGCCCUGGACGCUGUGCACGGUGACGCAGGUGGAGGAGACGAAACAGAUCGCCAAGCUUGCGCCGCUGCUCCUCACCAUGGUCGUACCCUGCACGCUGUUCGCGCAGGCGGGCACGCUGUUCGUGAAGCAGGGCGCGACGCUGGACCGGCGCCUCGGCGGGUUCCUGGUUCCCCCCGCGAGCCUCGGCGCGGUCGUCGUGCUAGCCAUGCUCAUCUGCCUCGCGCUCUAUGACCGCGUAUUCGUCCCUGCCGCACGGAGGCGCACAAGGAACCCGAGGGGGAUCACGCUGCUGCAGCGGAUCGGCGCCGGGCUGCUGCUCCAGGCGGUGACCAUGGCGCUUACAUCGGCGAUCGAGAGCCGGAGGCUGCGCUUCGCCAGGAGCCACGCCCCUGACGCCCACGGCGUUGUUCCCCUGACUAUUUUCGUGCUGCUGCCGCAGUUCCUGCUGAUGGGCGCCUCCGAUGCGCUCCUGUUGGUGGGCCAGAUGGAGUUCUUCUACGACCAGGCGCCGGAGAGCAUGAAGAGCCUCGGCACGGCGCUGUCCCUGACGGCGUACGGCGCGGGCAACAUCCUCAGCAGCGCCGUCCUCUCGCUCGUCGUGCGUGUGACCGGGAAGAGGGGGACACCGUGGGUGACCAAUAACCUCAACGCUUCGCACCUCGACUACUACUACGCGCUCCUCGCUGUGCUCGCCGCGGCCAACCUUUCGGUAUUCGUUGCGCUCAGCGGAAGCUACACAUACCGAGCGGAGUCGAGGGAGACGAUCGGCGUCGCCAUGGACGUGCAGGGCGAGCCACUUCUGCACUGUACUUCUUGGAUUGUAAAUUCUGUUGUUCAGAAAUUCUGCAAGAUUCAGUGCGGCUGCUUGAUCCACCUCCUUCCAAACGAGCGCGUUCAGGUGCCUUCUGGUCCACCGCAGCAGAAGCCGUUGAAGCCUGAGGGGAGUUGUAAGGAGCGUCGCUCCAGGCAGCAUGAGACCUGGGCGGCGGCGACAGACGGGAAGCUAACCAGGUGCAUGGGAUGGGCGAGACCAGGGCGCGGCGACAGAGCGCUGCGUCGAUCCAGGCGGCAGGGCGCUACGUCGAUCCCGGCGGUGUGGGACCCGGACGGCGGCAUCGGAUGGGAAGCCGUCGAGGGAACUCUGUCGGCCACACGAGUUGCUGGAUGGGGACAUGGUGGCACAGAUACCUUGAGUACUGAAAACAAAUGUUUGCUGUCGUGA